GAUGUCAGCAGUUUCAACUAAAUAUUUUUAAACGCUAGAAUUCGUGGUUAUGAUACUCAAGAUUUGUUCUGUCAAUAUUUAUUUACAAUUAAAUUAAAUAUGUCACUAAUAAGUUACACGUAUUUAGUCAUUGUUUUCUAUGUAGUUUAUUGUGAAGAACAGUAUUGUUCUGUUGACAAUGCUGAAGAUUGCACUAGUGAAAAAGAAACAAAUGUCUAUAAGAAAGUACCUAACACACAAUACAAUAAAUACUACAGUAUGAUUGAGGAAGCAGAGAGAAAUUACCAACUUUGCAAUAAUACUAACAAUAAUUGUUUUAAACAUAUCAUUCUACGUGAUUUAAAACCUUUCAAAGAAAAAGGUAUAAACAAAGAUUUAAUAGAUGCUGCAAAAGCUAGAGGAACGUUUUAUCAAAUAGUGAAGGGCAAGGUAUAUAGACAAAAAGAUUGUAUGUUUCCUUCGAGAUGCUCUGGAAUAGAGCAUUUUCUUUUGAAACUAGCUCCUAAAUUACCAGAUAUGGAUUUAGUUAUAAAUGUAAGAGAUUAUCCUCAAUCUAGCAAAUAUUUUGGGGGUCCAUUACCUGUGUUUUCAUUUAGUAAGACACCACAGUAUUAUGACAUUACAUAUCCAGCAUGGGCAUUUUGGGAAGGUGGUCCUGCAAUUUCUUUAUAUCCUCGUGGUCUUGGAAGAUGGGAUGAACAUCGUAUAUCUUUAGAUAAAGCUAGUAAAAGUUUACCAUGGGAGAAGAAAGAAAGUAAAGCAUUUUUCAGGGGGUCUAGAACAAGUUCUGAACGUGAUAAUUUGAUACUGUUAAGCCGUAAAAAACCUAAUUUAAUAGAUGCUCAGUACACAAAAAAUCAAGCAUGGAAAUCUGAUGAGGACACAUUGUAUGCACCUCCAGCUCCAGAAGUUUCUUUGGAAACUCAUUGUAAAUAUAAAUACUUAUUCAAUUAUCGAGGUGUUGCAGCAUCAUUCAGGCACAAACAUUUAUUUUUGUGUAGAUCUCUAGUGUUCCAUGUUGGGGAUGAAUGGACUGAAUUUUAUUACGAAGCAAUGAUUCCUUGGAUUCAUUACAUACCAGUUCCUAAAGAUGCUAAUCAAACAGUAUUAGAAGAGUUGAUACAAUUUGCAAUGGAUAAUGAUGAAUCGUCCAAAAAAAUUGCCGAUUCUGGUCGGGAUUUUAUAUGGGACAAUUUGAAGAUGUCUGAUAUCACGCAGUUCUGGAAGAAGCUCCUUGAGAGGUAUUCCAAGCUUUUAAUGUAUAAAGUUACCUUAGACGAAACUUUAAUUAAAAUUGAAAAGAAGAAAAGAUCUUAGUAAUAAUUAGUACAACGUUUAUUUAAUAUAAAU